AUGGCUGCCUCAACGCAAGGCAGUGCGGCGCCCACCUCGGCGGCACCCGAGAGUGUAACGGCCUAUCUGGCGCGCACCAAGCCGCUGGCACUGCAGCAUCUCUCGGCGGCGAAGCCCGAGUCGAGCCUCAUGCUCGUCAUGGGCAACACGGCCGGCGACCUCGACUCGGCCGCCAGCGCCAUCGGCCUCGCCUACCUCCUCACGCACUUUCCCUCGACGCACCCGCUCUCGCUGCCCGCCGGCACGGUGAUCGUGCCUCUGCUGCACUCCGAGCCCGCAGAUGCAUCGCUGCGCCCCGAGAACACAAUGGCCUUCGAGCGUGCCUCACUGUCGCUCUCGGCGCCGCUGCACGUCAGCGAGCUGCCUGCUGCGGCCUCCUCCGAGGCAUUCGCCAGCAGCCGCAACACCUUCUUCGGCCUCGUCGACCACGCCAGUCUGGCGCCGCAGUGGGCCUCGUCUGCGUCUGGCGGUGCCGAGGUGAAGGCGAUCGUCGAUCACCACGUCGAUGAGUCGGCGCACUCCUCAGCGCCGCUGCGUGUAUUCAAGGGCCCGGGCAGCGCUGACCCGCCGAUCGGCUCGGCGGCCAGCAUCGUUGCGGACCUGUAUCGCGAGGCUUUCGAGGCUGGCAAGGUGCCGACUGAGCUGGUAGACCUGCUGCUGUCGGCAAUCUUGAUUGACACCGACGAUGUCCGGCCGUGUCCCAACGGCAAGGCGGCACCGCUCGAUGUCUCGUCCUACAAGCUGCUGGCGCCGCUGUCGUCUAUUGCCUCCUCGUCUGCGUCUGGCCUGUCAGCACCCUCGGACACGUCCGAGAUCAAGGCGACGCCAGACGCAGUCGCAGCCGCCGCACCUGCCGUCACGGCCUUCUGGCAGCAGCUCGUCACGGCCAAGCUGGACGUGUCGCGGCUCAGCAGCCGCGAUCUGCUGCGGCGCGACUGGAAGGAGUUCAGCGUGCCGCUGCCGGCCUCUGGCGAAAGCGUACCGGCUGCGCAGCAGCAGCAAGUGGUGCAGGUGGGCUUUGCGUCCGUGCCGCAGGGCCUUUCGACCUGGCUCGACCGCAUCGAGGUGUCACUCGGCACCACGCCCGCCUCACCCGGCGUCAAGCAGCCGCCGGCGGGCCGCACGGCGGCAUGGGAGAGCUUCUGGACUUCGCUGGAGAGCUGGAUGCGCGAAAAGAGCCUCGACUUUUGCGUCGUCGGCACGAGCUUCCGCGAGACGCGCUCUGCGGAGUCGCGCAGUGGCAGCGAGGAGGAAGAGCGCGCAGAGGAACGUGCGGCAAAGGAGGACAAGCACAAGCGCGAGACCAUCAUCGCCGCGCAGCCGCACACGCUCUCUGCCUCUCGGCUGGACGCCAUCUGGCCCUCUAUCACCGCGAUCCUCGAGAAGCCGCGCUUCGAGACUGGUGCCGAGGACACUCUCUUGCUGCAGCCUUGGCGCGGCGCGCGCUCCGAUGGAGCCAGCGGCAAGCGCGAGAAGGUGCAGGGCCUGACGCUGCUGCGCGACAGCAAGAGCCAGGAUGUGGGCAAGGAUGCCAGAGGCGUGCGUGCCUCCGGCCUGCGCGUCACGCUUUGGCGUCAGGGCAAUGCUCGCGCCAGCCGGAAGGUCGUACUGCCGCUUGUGCUCGGUGCAGUCAAGAAGGCGCUGGGUGUGUAG